CAAAUCAAUUCAAUGGCUACGAUGGAAAGCGCGUCGCAUAUAUAAAUAACAGCCCGUCUCCUUGAGGCUCUCAGAAUUGGGCGGCCAUCUUCUUCCAAAACCCUAGUUUUUGCCCCUUCUGGACGAGUCGCCUCAGCUCCACGGUUUAAAAAGGUGAAAAAGCAAGUUUAGCAGUUAUGGCUGUGACUUUCCAUGACCUCAAGUCUGCAUCUGGACUCAAAAAGCUCGAUGAGUUUCUCCUUCCUCGAAGCUAUAUCACAGGCUACCAAGCUUCAAAGGAUGAUAUUGCUGUACAUGCUGAACUCUCUGGUCCACCUUCAUCAGAUUAUGUUAAUGUUUCCAGAUGGUAUAACCACAUUGAGGCCCUGUUGAGGUUGAGCGGUGUAUCUGGGGAGGGACAAGGCGUGCAAGUUACAGGGUCUGCCACUGUAUUUGAGGAAGUUCCAGCCUCUCCACCUAUUGCUGACACCAAGGCCUCUGCUGCUGUCGAUGAUGAUGAUGAUGAUGUUGAUUUAUUUGGUGAGGAAACUGAGGAGGAAAAGAAGGCUGCUGAGGAGCGUGCAGCUGCUGUGAAAGCAUCUGGAAAGAAGAAAGAAAGUGGAAAGUCAUCAGUUUUAUUGGACGUGAAGCCUUGGGAUGAUGAGACUGACAUGAAGAAGCUUGAAGAAGCAGUCAGGAGUGUGAAAAUGGAUGGCUUGCUUUGGGGUGCCUCAAAGCUUGUUCCAGUUGGAUAUGGAAUCAAGAAAUUACAGAUUAUGAUGACCAUCGUGGAUGACUUGGUGUCAGUUGAUAACCUCAUUGAGGAUCACCUGACCUCUGAACCUGCAAAUGAGCACAUCCAAAGUUGUGAUAUUGUGGCGUUUAACAAAAUCUAGAUAACUAUGCUGCCAUAAGAUUACUAUGCUGGUAUUGCUUCAUGUUUUUUGCCUUGUAUGGGCAUUUUGAUCCUCCAUUAAAAUUUUUGUAUUGAAUGAUUAAGUUACUUUUAUUAUGUAUUUUAAUUUGUAUCAAUGAAUUGCAGACGUUUGAUUAUGCUGUGUGAGAACUGUCUUUUGCAAUGUAACUUGCUUUAUGGAGUUCACUGUUAGACUUGGCUUA